AUGACACGUGUUAAUGAACAACUACCUUCUUUCUUCUCUCGUUUCCUAUCCUGCCCAGUUCCGGGAGACCCGACGGUGACACGGAUAGCGGCUACAACGUCGUUAGGGAAACGCAUAACAACAGCUCAUUACGCCCCUCUUGGAGGACCACGAAGCCAAUCGAUCCGCUGCGCAGAUUCGCUUUCAGAAGUGAUGAGAAGACCUGGCGAUAUUCUUCUCGCUGACAAGACGUCCAAACAACGGAAUAAAGUCAUUCAUGGCACGGGCUUGCGGUUAAAAAAGCUGACGCUCGUUUCCGGGGAUGUCAUCCAGGAAGUGCUAGCGCUCUUUGCCCCAACGAACCCAGGCUGA